AUGAGCAAGAAAAACAGUCGGUUUUGUGUAAAGGAGGUGAAGCUUACAUCAGAACAGAUACAAGAGAUUGAAAAGGUGUUUGCAGUGUACGGCCCAGAUGCUGAUGGCCGAAUCGAUGUGAGCAAUCUCAAGCUUGUAUUAAGGGCGUUGGGCUUUGAGCCCAAAUCGGACGAGGUUAUUCAGCUGACGACUGUUCUUCAGUCGGAGGACGGAAAAAUGUCAUUGUCGCAACUGACGGAAUUGCUGGCACGUCGAAUGGCGGAGAAAGAUUGCCGUGCUGAGAUCAUGAAGGCUUUUCGCCUGUUCGAUACGAGUGAUUGCGGUGCGAUUAAACUCGAAGACCUCAUUAGAAUCGGCAAGCAGCUGGAUGAAAGUGUUUCCGUUGAAGAACUUAAAGUGGCUAAAUUUUAUGGAGACUUCACCGUGGUCUCCAACCCUCGUCUUUUCUCAACAGGGCUUGGGACCGACAACGGCGAAGUUCUUACGAACCUUUUUCAAGGUGAAUUCAGUAGUGGUUUUCAGUGCUCUGAAGGCCGUCUGCAACAGCUGGCUCGCUUGUAG